AGAGACGACCGAAUGGGGGCUAGCGCUCGCUCGCAUCUUCUUCUUCCGUCUAUGUAAGCGCAAGUUACAGAAAAGGGAUGUAUAGUAAGUAGUACAGGAUAGGGAGAGGUGAUUUUUAGCCGCGCUCGCCAGCCAGAGCUCAGCAGCACGUCUCUGCUCUCCUAUACAAAAGUGUAACUCGAGCGUGUACCUCCUCACAAUCGGCGGGAUGAUAGUCGCCCCGGAGGCCGUCGCUCGUUUCGGCUCCUCUGACGGUAAUAACAUCGUCACGCAGUGCUACUCACCAUGUGCCACUAGAUCCAGUUGAUAUUGCAAUCUCUUUCCGGUUUUUUUUUUUAAGUGUUAUUCAUUUACCCCGAAUUUGGUUAUUUUUUAAAGAAAGAGUUGGUGGGUAAAACAGUCGAGUGGGUUGAGACGAAAUGGAACCUACCGGUCAGGAUCGUCAGGAUCGGUCGCCCAGCUGUUCCGUCCUCUCAUCAACGUCGCGCAAAAGAGGCAGAUGUAAAUGGUUUAACGUGACCAAAGGAUGGGGUUUCAUUACGCCGGACGAUGGAAGCCCGGACGUAUUCGUUCACCAGAGCGUGAUCCGCAUGAACGGAUUUCGUAACUUGGCUGAAGGCGAAGAGGUCGAGAUGGAGACGAAAGAUGCGGAUAAAGGAGCGGAGGCAACGGUCGUGACGGGACCCGGAGGAACGGAAUGUCGGGGAUCGCACAGACAACCCAGAAAACCUACAAAAACCAAAAGAAUCAGGUGCUACAAUUGCGGUGCAGUCGGAAGCCACAUCGCUCCCAAAUGCACAGUUGGACCUCAACCCAAAAGAUGUCACCAGUGCAAGUCGGAGGAUCAUCUCAUUUCCGACUGUCCAAAUAAAUUGAAAAAAUUCCGAUCCAGCCAGACGGAAAAACCUUCCGGUGUGAAUGAAACGUAAGUUUUAUCUUCCCUGCAUAUUAUGGACUACAAUAACCAAUCAGCAGUUUGACAAUCACCAAGCGGACGACACACAUCCUGGAUGUUUUUACGUAACAAAAAUAUUUCGAUAUCUUCAACAGUAUACACGCACCCUAUAGCAUUGCUCAAUUCUGCAUUAUUAUUAUGUCCGAAUUUUUACUUGGCAAUGCUCACAAAUGCUCCUCAGGUCAAAUGUUUCGUACAAUAUUUGAAUCAAAAUUAUUCAUUUUAAUAUUAUACAUGUACAAUUGUUAUACAGUACCUAAAUUUGUAGUUGCCACACAAAUGCCAUACAUUUGUCUACCUCUCGUUGAUGCGUUCAAACAGAUGACAUGUCCAUCAUUUCAUAUUUGUAGUUACUUAUCCUUGGUAUUGUUGGUUGGGCUCCAAUUUAAUGUGAAUUGUGUAGAUAUAGCUUUGUGCUAAAUAGAGAAUUAGAUUUCGUAUUGUUUAUUCAAAUUCGUUGUGUUUCGAUACCGAAAAGAUUUUAGUGGCUUCCAAAAGUGUUCAAUGCUGAGAAUCUUGUGUCAUUUUUUAGAUUGCAGAUCUGUAUUCCGGUUCCCCCCUAAUGUGCAACUAAAAAUUUAAUUUUAAAGACCAAUUUUCGGUACCUAUGCGUAGUUACAGUUGCACUGUUGCAGUGGUUAAAGUGAAACGUGCUUCUUGCGAACGUAAAUGUAAAUAAACUACAAAAUCAUGGAGCCCUUUGAUUUGCAAAUUUUUGGCUAUGACCUAUAUGAGUCUGACAUCAACAUUUUUUUUUACAUUAAAUUUUUGCCAUUCAAACUGUGGUGUGACCUUUUUUUUUAAAUAUUGUUCUAGCAAGAUUGAAGCUGAUUAAAUUACACAUUGAUAUGAAGCCACGCGGAAAA